AUGACUUCUUUUCAAUCUGCACCAUCCUCGUCUGACAAUAGACACCCAACUCAGCCCUCGAAUCUGAACAGACCCGCUAGAACGCCUCUACCGUCUGCUCCCACUACUCCUAGACGACCUCCUAUAACAUCUUCUCCAUCAGAUGCUACUGGUUCUGGACGAUCACCUAGAACACCUCUCCCGUCUGCUCCGACUAGUUCUAGACGACCCUCUAGAACACCUCUCCCGUCAGCUCCCACUGUUUCCGGAGAACCCUCUGGAGCACCUCUUCCAUCAGCUCCCACUAUUCACGGGCAACCCCUUGGAGCACCUCUCCAACCAACUCCCGCUGUUCCUAGACGCUUCCCAUAUGGAAGCCCCAGAUAUAUUCGUUGGCGAGUGCGCACCAGGAGGCUCCGAAGUUGGGGAAUUGUACCCGACAUCAAAGAACCCACUGCUGCAGAGGAGGCAUUGAAACACCGAUGCACGGAAUUGAGUGGACUUCGGUGGUCGCAGAACUAUAUUCCGCCAUAG